GUUUUACGUUUGAACGAUUCUUAGUACGUAAGCGUCAACGUAACACGACUGACACGUCAUCACGCUGCAGUCACGUGACUAGGUCGCAGAGUGACGCCUAACCUAGCAUGUAAGCAGGAACACGCCAACGUCAACAUGUUAACGGGCGAUGCCAAUGAUGAAGACGUGUCUCUGUUUGAUGCGGAGGAAGAUGCAGGUAAAAGGUCAAAGAAGACAAGUAUUAAGCACCCAGUGGCGUCCUUUUUCCACCUCCUCUUCAGAGUCAGUGCCGUGCUUGUGUAUCUGCUCUGUGAGAUUUUCAGUAAAAGUUUUAUUGCCUGCAUGGUUGCAAUCAUCCUUCUGCUGUCAUGUGACUUCUGGACUGUGAAGAACAUCACAGGGAGGUUGAUGGUGGGCCUGAGGUGGUGGAACCAGGUGGAUGAUGAUGGGCGAAGCCACUGGGUAUUUGAAUCAAGAAAGGGCACAGGCAAAAUACAGGCUUCAGAUUCCGAGUCGCGAAUCUUCUGGCUCGGACUGAUUAUUUGUCCAGUCCUCUGGGUCAUCUUUGCCUUCAGCACUCUUUUUUCUUUCAAGAUUAAAUGGCUGCCUAUAGUGAUCAUGGGUGUGGUGCUGCAAGGAGCCAACCUCUACGGAUAUGUACGCUGUAAAGUGGGGAGCAAAACCAGCUUGAAGAACAUGGCUACAAACUAUUUUGGACGUCAGUUCCUGAAACAGACGCUGUCUAAAGAAGAGGAAUCAUAGCGUGCUCUGCUGUUAAUUGAACGUCUGCAUGCAAGUGGAAAAUAGAAGGAAAUCUCUAUCAGAAGGCAACAGUAAUGGAUUUAGUUUGUUUUAUUUUAACACUAAAGACAAAUUUUUCAUAGACGGUUCAACAACAAACAGCAAUAAACCCCUCCAGGUCAUAAUGGAUGCUUUAGCAUAAAUGCAUGAUUGAAGAAUGGAUAUGAAACCUAGAAAUGGUAAAUUGACUGAUGCUUUGUGUGGUUCCACAAGUCCCUCAAAUAUAUGCUUUAGUUACUUCUUUUCAUUGGCUCUUGAGUUUAACCUUCAUAAAUGUAUAAUUAAUAAAUGUAGGUUCUGAGGGACUAGUUUUUGUUUGAAUAACAGAUAAGAGGAUCAGCAGCUCAGAAGAUAAAUAGUUGGAUGUGAAGUGUAAAAGAUUGUAUGAAUUGUGUAAAUAUGUAUUUAAAGAUCUUAUGUGCAACGUCUUCUUUUGUGCAAAUACAUCUGUGCAUUUUU